CAUGCAAGUCAGCCAUCAACGACAUCAAGAUGAAAUUUUGGACAAUUGCAGUAACGUUGCUGGUUGCAGUCUGUGCUAUGUUUCUUGGCGUUGGACGCACUGAAGAAACAGCAGCGCUCGACGAUUUUGUGGACCAACCUUUUGAAGAUGUCUAUAGUGACAAUGACAUGCAUGAUAGGCAAUUGUAAGUCUGUGCUCUGGAAGUUUAUUUUUAAUGAUUACUGUAUUUUUCUAUUUUAGUUUAUUGUAAAUAUUCAGUUUAAUAAAAGUCAAAGUAUACUGAUUUCCACCGAUGAAAUCAGUUGCAUCCUCUGAAAAUAGUGGUAACUACGGACGGUGCAUGUCACUGUCUUCAGUGACACAAUUGUUAGUUUACGUUCUACCUCUUUUCUGAUCAUAAUUUACUCUCAGUAUAAAACUGCAUGCGAUCUAGAAGAGUACUUCUGUUGAGUCUAUAUAUCAAUUUUCUCCAAGUAUACUAUAUAUAUUCCAGCUGCGACUCCUCUAUAGCUGUCUAAGGACGGUAUACCUAUAUAGUACUAAGAACCGAUAUAUAUCUGAUGAUCAUGGCAAUGCAAUUCACACUUUUAGUUAAUAGCUAUACGUCAUUUUACACUAUUUCGUGUAUGGAUUUUUUUGACACUAUUAUUUGUUGCAGGGAAGAUUCAUUCAUGAACCCAGAAAAUGUUUUUGAUGAUCAAACGUAAGUAUAAACUUAAUUAAUAUAAAAAAAUGUUAUUUUGAAAUUGUCUACUUCGCACCCUAUAUAUAUAUAUAUAUAUAUAUAUAUAUAUAUAUAUAUAUAUAUAUAUAUAUAUAUAUAUAUAUAUAUAUAUAUAUAUAUAUAUAUAUAUAUAUAUAUAUAUAUAUAUAUAUAUAUAUAUUAAACAAUUAUUGAAUGAGGUCGAGUAGGAUAUGAGGAAUUAUUAAGGCAGAGGUUUGUAUAACACAAACCGAGGCCGUAAUAAUUCCUCAUAUCCUACGAGAACCGAAUUCAAUAAUUGUUUUAUUAUUUAUUUGUAUAUAUAUCGGACUUCGGUAAACGCUUGCAUUGUAAACAAGAACACGCAAGCUACUGAAAAUGGAACAAUAAUAUAGUGCAAGGGUGGGUAGUAGCGAAGUAGUUGUAGUUCGCUACUGUAGCGAACUACAAUUUUCAAGUAGCCAGUAGUUUUUGACUACUUUUUCAAAACAGUAGCUGUAGUUAUAGCGAACUACAUUUUGCCUAAAAGUAGCCAAGUAGUUGACUACUUUUCAAAUCGCUUUUCGCUAUUUUUUAAAAUUGUUAGCAACUUGAUAGAAUAGAAUGUUAUUAAGACACAGUUUGCUUAAAAUCAACACUCAAUUUGCACGAAUAAUGUAUGCCGUGCAACUGUUCAAACUGUGCAAAUGCAUGCCGUCUUAUUUACUCGCGUAAGUCGAUUUGUUAUAGGUUACAUUACAGCCUGAGCUAUAGUAGAUGUUCCAAAUACAGUAAAAUUAAAAAAUAUUGAGUAGCGAAAUAGCGAAAUAGUUCGCUACAUUUUUUAAGCAGUAGCUGUAGUCAAUAGCGAACUACUUUUGUUAAACAGUAGCAGUAGUUGUAGCUGACUACAUAUUUUUGAAGUAGCUGUAGUUAUAGCGAACUACAAAAAGUUUGUAGUCAACCCACCCUUGAUAUAGUGUUCGCAAGACUGAAUAAGCCAAUCAGACUAGGAAAGAAUAUUUUUAAAACUGUUGUCAUAUUACAAAAUCAAACAAAUUAAUUCAAACAAAUUUAUUUCAACUGAACAUAAGCGUUUGAAAGAAUGCUACAGAUUUUACCGACCCCAUUUGCACUUCAAGUUAAUCAAGUAUACAGAAUAUUUAUAUAAAAAUACAAAUUAUCGAGAAAAUAUACAGAAUAUUUAUAUAAAAAUACAAAUUAUCGAGAAAAUAUACGGAAUAUUUGUAUAAAAACACAAAUGAUCGAGAAAAUAAGUGUUCUUCAACUGUUCUAACACGAAUUUAAAUAUUACCUUUAACAUUUAUAAACAUUUUACUCGUGAAAGUGAAUUUGACAGUUGUAAAAAUUAUACAGCGAAUUUUUUGUGUAUUCUGACUCAUCUUUUUUUCCUCACUUCGAUCAGCAUAAAAGCUUUUGAGAACCGAAGCAAGUUCUUCGCUAUUCUCUGAAUGGCCAAGCUUUUUUUCUCGUAGAUACUCUUCAAAAAUCGCUUUGCUUGCUUUUGUAGCUUUUUUUCUGUUUACUGAGUCUUUUUCUUCCAGCAAUUUUGUUAUUUCAGCUUCCCCAAGGUCGGCGAACCUUUCCUUUGAGGAAGCCAUUUGUAUUUUCCCGCUUUUGGCAUAUAAGCAGAAUAAAUUAGUGUGACGUCAUAAUGUCGUAUAUUUGUUUUCAAUAUACGACCAAAUUACGUCAUAAUGUCGUAGAUGUGUUUUCAAUAUUCAAUGGUGAUGUCAUAACUCCAAAUUUGGGCAACUCCCGAACGGAUAUGACGAUUUCAUCCACAGCUCUUAACCAAUCAAAACUCUUGAAUUACUUUCAAUAAAUAAUAUAUAUAUAUAUAUAUAUAUAUAUAUAUAUAUAUAUAUAUAUAUAUAUAUAUAUAUAUAUAUAUAUAUAUAUAUAUAUAUUUAUAUAUAGUACAAUCUGCAGGCAUGCAUGUUUCGGCUUUCUACGCCUCGUCAGUGCAGCUUGGACUAUAGAUACGUGAGACACUCGCAUUUAUAUCCCAUGAACGUGCUCUCACCAAGGCAUGUGGUACAACACGGUGACGCAACGCAUGCACCCAAACAUGCGCAGAGCGUAAUGGGGCCAGAGUGCUCAAACGACCACAAGGGAAGUGAGCUUUGCAUUAUCGCUAUAAUAGACAACCAUUACAACUCCGCAGACUGCUCAACAACACCGAGGUGAAGGAGCGUAAUAGUACAAUCUGCAGACAUGCAUGUUUCGGCGUUCUACGCCUCGUCAGUGCCGCUUGGUACACGUCUAAAUACGUGAGACACUCGUAUUUAUAUCCCAUGAACUUGCUCUCACCAAGGCAGGUAGUACAAGACAGUGACUCAACGCACCCAGACAUGCGCAGAGCGUAAUGGGGCCAGAGUGCUCAAACGACCGCAAGGGAAGUGAGCUUAAUAUUAAACUUGUUUUUACAAAUAUGUGUGCAUAAAUAGACUCAAUCCAUGUAUGUUUAAUGGAAAUUUGACCUAAUUUUAACGAAAAAAUGAUAUUACUAACCUCGAGGCUGUUGCAAACAAAUGAAUUUCGCGAAGGUAAGUUUUCCCGCGCUUUUAUAAUUUUGAACAAAACUGGCAGAAAAAACUAUAUUAAUGUCCCAAAUUCUUUUCAUUAGUCUGCCAUAACGCUUGUCAUAUAUAUAUAUAUAAUAUAACUACAGACGGUACCGUUAUUAUAUAUAUAUAUUAUUAUAUUAUAUAUAUAUUAUAUUAUAUUAUAUAUAUAUUAUUAUAUUAUAUAUAUAUAACUACAGACGGUACCGUUUCGGCCUUUUGGGCCGCAUCAGUGUAGUGCUGAUGAACAGGAUGAAAGUAACCACUAUAAAUAGUUACCUUUGAUGUCUCACGAAUGUGGGACAUCAAACCAUUGCCAGAGUGCUCAAACUGCAAGCAGUGAGCAUGCGCACAAUGCGUAAGCAGCAAUGGCUCAUCCUGUAGAGUGCUCAAUAUGACACAAAGGCCAUAGAUAUAUAUUGCAUAAGGAGAUAUAUAUUGUACGAAGAGAUAUACAUAGAUAUAUAUUGUACGAAGGAGCGAAGCCAUUUCUGAUAAUCUUAUAUAUAUAUAUAUAUAUAUAUAUAUAUAUAUAUAUAUAUAUAUAUAUAUAUAUAUAUAUAUAUAUAUAUAUAUAUAUAUAUAUAUAUAUACAAAAAUGGCUUUUCAGAGAAUAGACUAAAAUAAUAAAUUAAAUAUUUACAAUCUUUGAAUGUUCCAAUACACUAUGUUACACUAGGCUAUAAUUAUGAAUAGACAGUUAAUAUAUAAAGUUUAAAAACUACAUAAUUCACGUUUCGCGUUUAAUUUAAAAGAUGUCAACGUUUGGCUAUACGUGUCUUCGAACUGAAUAUUAAGUUCCAGAUAGUCACACCGCGAUAGAAAAAAGAUCGUUGCGCAGUGGCUGUCCUACAUGUGGGUGCGACUAAGUGAUCUGAUACCGUAAUUCCGUAAACGUUUCUUGAAAUUAGAUUAUUAGAAAGAGUUUAGAACAAACCACCGCAUUCGUUAACGUCGUCAACAUAUAUAUUUUCAUUUUUUUUUCAAUUCAGAGAGAAUGCCUUGAACAGUGUAAACGUGAUUCCAUCAAACGACGAGGAUAAACCAGCCGUGUUCAAACGUGCACCGUUUAUCCGCACAUACAGAAGACUAAUCAGAAGAUUUAGAUUCACUAGAAGAUUCAGAUGGCACAGAUUCUGUAGGCGGAUACGUUCUCGUCGUGGUAAGUCCUAGCACACCAGUAGCACCACUGCUUUUAUUUUACAAGGAGUCCGACAGUCAUAGAAAUAUAUUUGAUCUAAUCCAUACAUCAUGUAAAUUCCAUAAACCUGAAAAAUUCGGAAACCCUCUCCCCAUGCAGUCCAUUUUCGACGUUAUCAGUUCAAACCCGUUUUUAUUGAUUCGUCUGAUACUAUAAAUUUUAGCUCUAAUACGAGAAUCCCGUCUAACUUUGAAGAAAGAUCAUAAGCAUAAUUUCAUAAGCAGAAAAGAAAACAUGCCGUCUGUACUUUCCAUGCAAAGACAAAGCAGAAAGAACAUAAUGUGUUUUCAUACGCCUUAUAGCUUAUACGCUUACGGAUGAAUUUGGCACCGUACUCCAAUUUGCAUCAUUUCGUUUCGCGGUCACAAAACCAAUCACAACUAUUCCAAACACAAUCAACCUUAUACGAAUUCUGCCCAGUCCAAUUUAAGGACGGAUAUGAAUAUCCAUGAAUGUCAGUAGUCUAAGAGCUAUAGGCUUAUCAUGUUAUACUAUGUUUUUUUUAUUGGAUUUACGCAAUAAAUGAUAUUAAGAACGAGCUGAGUUGUCGUACUUGUUAUCAGAAUAAGGGGCCCCAGGGACAGCUUGGCAAAUGCUAAUGAGGGCAUUUGCAUAACCUACCUUAUAUAUAAGUUGUUUACGCCAGUAGCUCAUUCUCAGUCGUGACAUUUAGUCGUUCCCAUCCUCCCUCACCCACGGGGAUUCUUAUUGUCGUUCCCAUCCCCCCCCCCUCACCCACUUGCACGCCCGUCCGUAGCCUUCCCGGAGGAAGCCCGCAGCCAGCCCCGUCGCUUGGCUCGCUACCCGUCGAUUGCCCAAUCUCAGUUAAGUACCUUUCCCUGUUCCUGAUCUGGCACCUCGCGCCAGCCUCGCUGGGUUAACGACCCUGGUAUCUCACAAUCCUUCGUCUGUCGCAUCGUCCUUCCCGUCCUGUGCUCGCGGCAAUCAGCGUCAACAAUCGGCCCAAACUCGUGUGUGUGUGUCAUAAUUCGUUCCGGUUAUACAGUGUCUCUUUCGGAGCGGGUCUUGGUGCCCUUGCUCAUCUCCACUUCCUUAGGAAGUGUGAUUGUGGUACUAUAGGGGAGAGGUGUUGUUCUCGGCACUCGAGAACAGCUAGGUUAAGUGUAAAUACGUUACCAAGUCGUCGAUACCUAAUUUGUGAACGUGGCCAUGCAUGACUAAACGCAAACUCUCGACCCACGGUCAUGGCUUCGACCGAACUUCUUCUUCAGUGGUACUACAAACCGCCAAGUCACUUAUCAGAUAUUUGCCAGUUACGAUCGAAGCGAGCUUGUUAAUACUUAGUUAUGUCAAAACUAUAGAGUAUAGUCAUUACAGUAGUAAUGACUAUAGUUUUCUAGCUAAUGGCACCUCCCGUCGCUGGUAGUCUUAUUUUUUUCUUGAUAUUGUCUAGGUUGGAGACGCGUUUGCCGUCACUAUGGAGAUGAAGGUGUGUUCGACAAUUCCCCUAUUUCAAAUAUAAUAAGUGACAUAACCAGAAGUUUAAAUAUUUUUGACGCGUGUAUACGAGAACAAGGAUAAUCAGCGAAGUUUUAUUGAUUACUCUAGACAACCAGCUUAUGAAUGAUGGUUCAUCAUCAUUCAAAACAAUAAAUAAUUAUGCUACCUAUGCAUUUUUCAAAAUUUACAAUGUACAUUUUCGUUCAUAUACAGAAGCACCGCGUCUGACAAACGACGAAGCUUUUAUCCCAGCUAAAAAAGCCGACGACGUACAAGAAGAAAACUGGAAGGAUGAAAAAUGAAGUGAAAACGUUACCUCUUGAAAUGAUCUUGAAACAUAAUGAUCAAUGGAUGCAUAAUGACAGAAAACCAAAAAAUGUAGCACGAAACUAUAUAGUAUAUACCAAUAUACGACAUACAGCUAUUUCAAUUAAGGUUGUCCACGAGCAAAGCGUAAAAGUCGAAUACGAGCGCGAAAGGCUGCUGGGAACCGCUUUGAAAAUUCAUUAAUUUGUUAGCGAUUCCCAGCAGCUUUUCGCGCUCGUAUUCGACUUUUACGCUUUGCUCGUGGACAACCUUAAUUGAAAUAGCUGCAUGUAUGUACUGUAAAGUGCACGAAAUGUAAACUGCACGAUAUACUGCAUGUAAACUGCACAAUACUUUUCUAGUAAACUUUAUGAUAUAGCUUUAGCCUCGAUGUAUACUUUGACCAAAUACAGCCUUGUGUUAAAAAAAGCUAAAGCUCUUCUGUUUUCGUAUUUGAUAUAAAGAUCAGUCCUAACUUAGCUGCCAAAAUACCAAAUGACACCUUUAUCGAAUCAUUGCAAUAAAAAAUGACCAAAUACGAUCAGUGAUCUAAAGUGAUCGGUUGAAUUAAUUCGCAUUUUGACCUUUGGGAUUUAAAUAUUUGCAAUUUGGGAAACGUAUGCCAUUGUGAGUCCAUGCAGUCUACAAGCUUCCAGUGUUGUAUAAUGUUUUAUUCACUGAAUUUCCAGGUAAAAUUGCGAAACUUGAUGCUCACACAUGCAUGUGUUGCGCCAUAUUUACUCAAGGGACUUCACUUUGAAUCCCAAAUGAGAAUAAUUUCAAUAGACAAUACUCAGGUUGAGUACCAAUCAUAUUAAACAUUUUUACAAUGUCAGCAAAAUUUAUCAUAUUGGACGGUAUACAGGGUGAGUAAAAAAAAAACUGGCACCUUUGUUAUAAUUUGAAUAUCAAAAAGUCAAAGGUAUCAGUUUUUUUACUCACGCUGUAUAUAUAGGGAAUCGUAUAUUAGUAUAUACUGUAGGUGCAUGGCUAUAGUAUUGUGUCGUGAUAUAUUAGUUUCGACAUUUUCCAGUGAUGAGUAGCUAACUUUAACAGUGUUCUGAUUGAAGAUCCUGUUGGCCGGAUUUGUUGUUACUUAUAUCCGGAUAACUCGUAGGAAGUUUCGAACAAUGUUCGUUUUCUACUGUCUAGCUAUUGUAAGGGUUUCGAA